GUGGAGCUCGCGGCCGAACGCGGCUUGGGCUUCCAGUGCAGUGCCAUGGUGCGCCGAGUGCCCGCGACGCCCAGCGCCCCGGGCCGCCACUGCGCCUUCUGUCGCGACACCGUGGAUUAACCCGCCUGUGGAUAACCGUGCUGUGCGUGCGUGUGUGAGUGUGUGUGUGUGUGUCGGGGAAGUGGUUGCUGCUCCCUUGAUAACGGGGCCUCCCCUGAUUGAUAAGGAUUAGUGUUGUGUGUGCCUCAAGACCAAGUGCGUGAUUGCCGUGGGAGGAGCCCGGCGUGGAAGUGGUGCAGUGCGUGAAUUUGAGUGGUUCGAGUGGUGUUGCCGGGCCUGAGACCGCCAGAGCGGGUCGCUAACGGAUUUUUACAGCAAGCCGGCCUUCCGUCAUCAUGGUGGAUACCAACAGCAUCAUCGAGGGGACCGUCAAGUUCCGGGACGGCAAGAAGUGGAAGUGGCGGUGGUGUGUCAUGAGGAAACUGUCGCCAGUAGCAGAUUGCCUCCACCUGCAGCUGUACCGCGACAGCAAGGACCGCUGCAAGCUGGGCCACACCAAGGCCUCGCUGUCCCUGCAGCACUUCCUGGGCGUCGAGACGGGGUUCACUCUGGACAAGGAGUCCAACACGAUAGCCAUCUUAUGUCAAGACGUCACCGUCAUCCUUGCCUUCGACACGCGGGAAAGACUGAUUCAGUGGCAAGUCAAGAUUGCCAACAACCUCGGCGAAGACCAGCAGUUCCUGAUCCAAAUCUCGUCGGCGCCGCCCAAGUCCAAGAUGCAGCCGGGGCCGGCCAGGCUGCACGUCCAGGAGCUGCGCUUCUGCCUCACCAGUGGCGUGCCGCCCAAGCUGCACGGCUGCUGGGAGAUCGCGCACCUCAGGCGGUACGGCGUGGUGGACGGCAAGUUCUGCUUCGAGGGCGGCUCGCGCUGCAACAAGGGCGAGGGCCUGCACGUGCUGGUGACGGACCAGGCCGAGGACGUGGAGCGCGCCGUGCGGCUCGCCUCCCAGAGCAAGCUGUUCACGCGGCGCAGGAACACCGUGUCCAGGAACUCGUCCGUGAUGGAGAGCCCCAGCCGCAAGGCGUCGCAGAGCCGGUCGGGCGCGCUGAGCUGCGCCGACUCGGUGACGCUGGCCGGCGUGGACGGCGUGGACGGCGGCUGCUGCUGCUGCACCGAGGAGUGCUCGUGCCCGCAGGACGGGGACGAGUACCCCUACGCCUGCAGCCACCGCCACUCCCCCUUCUGGCCCUCCGCCGAGAGCUCGCGCGUCGGCGGCGACCUGGACAGCAACUACGGCUGCGGCGACACGACGUCGGUGCGCGAGAUGCCCGACUCGGUGAGCCAGAUCCACGGCGAGUCCUGGGGGCUGUCGCUGGACAUGUCGCGCGGCAACCGCUCCGCCAUGGAGCGCUGCACGUCGUGCUUCAGCAAGCUGGGCGCGCCGGCCAUGUCGCGCUCCUCCACCUGCACGCCCGGCACGCCGCUGGCGCCCGCCUGGCCCGUGGAGCCCGCCGCCGCGGCCUGCUGCCACCACGGCCACCUCCACGCGCACCACAGCGCCACCACGCCGCGGCCCAAGACGGCCACCAGCAGCAUCUGUGAUCGAAUGUCCAUGAGCUCGCACGACAGCAGCGAGACCUCCGAGUACUCCGUGCCCAGGCUGUCCAGGCUGGCCGCCACGGCCUCGGCCUGCGGCUGCGUCAACGGGGAGUGCCAGUGCCCGCCCGUGCGGCCGCCCAAGCCGAGCCAGGACCAGACCUCGCCCUCCAAGAAGAAGCGGAAAGCGGUCAUGCCGCUGCCCGACGACGCCAAGGACAAGGACUACGUGGUGCACGCCUGCCCCUGCCACAACCCGGCCCUGCGGCUGGACGGCCACGCCGCCGCCGCCGGCGUCGGCCCCUACGAGAACUACGACGUGCCGCGACCGCUCGCCGCCCACCUCAAGGAGUGCUCCAAGGCCCCGGCCGAUGCGUCUCAGGUUCUGUCCCUGAGCAGCGCCUCCGGCCCCGACGAGUACUACGACACGCCCAAGAACAUGAAGGAGGUCCUGGCCCGGGUGGAGGAGAACGUCGACCAGUACGGCAACUACGACACGCCACCGUCGGGUAAGGCGUUGCCCGCGCCCUGCGCCUUCAUGCUCAAGUGCACCAAGAAGACCACGGUGGUGUCGCACGACGGCAGGACCGGCAAGACCAUGCUGGAGAGCGAGCAGCUGGCGGUGCGGACGGGCGAGUGCCCGUGCCAACGCGUCGCGUGCUGGCCCAGCUCGCUGGCGUCCUACUGCCGCCGCGGCAACGGCGUGGACAACUCGGCCGUCGUCAAGGUGCGCCUCAGCGGCCAGGGCAAGAUGCCCGUAGUGAACCAGCGCGGUGAGGUGGAGCUGUACGCCACCAUCGACCGCUCCAAGAAGACCAACCGGCGGAAGAGCCUCAAGGAGGACGACGAGGGCGAGGCCGCGGCCGCGCCCUCCGACACGGCCAACUACGAGAACGUGGAGGUGAUGCCGAAGGCCGAGGCCGAGGCGGGGGCCGUGACAGACGGACCCGCCGACUGCCCCAACUACGCCAACAUCCACUUUGCGCAGUCGCUGGAGCUCUACGAGAACUCCCGGGACGUUCUCAUGAAGGCGGGGAUCACACCGCGCGAGGUGCAGGCCCUGGCGCAGCAGAUGGCCGACUGCGGCAAGCUGUGCACCAAGUGCGGCCACUGCCAGCCCGGCAAGGAGGACGGCGACGAGCACGCCGUCAACGGCGCUGCCCCCACCAAGGGCAACUGCAACGGCUCCACCAACAGUAGGCCGCUGGACGACUACAUGAUGAUGGAACCCCUUGCCACCGCCGCACCCACCCCCGCGCCAGCGGACACGGCGGCUCGGCCCGAGUGCAACCACUUCCCCGGCUACUUGCCCAUGUCGCCGCUCUCGGGCGCCACCCAGCAGGCCCAGCAGGCCCAGCAGGCCCAGCAGGCCCAGCAGGCUCAGCAGGUCCAACAGGCUCCGCAGACCCAGCAGGCGGCCGGCGCCGCCGCCAAGUCCGACCUGAUGCGCAUGGCGCUGGACAGGAUCAACGGCGGCGAGAAGUCGGCCAGCAUGGCCAGCCUGAACGGGCAGCACAGCGUGUCCCCGGACCGCGCCAAGAAGCGCGUCGACUCGGAGUUCGUGCGCGUCCCCGGCUCGGCCAUGCUCAUGGGCAGCCCCCACCUGCGGCGCGUCGCCGACCUGGACCACGGCGACCAGGAGGGCCGGCGGCAGCUGGCGCUGGCGCGGCGCCGCUCCAACUCGGCGGACUCGUCGCGCUACCUGGACAUCGAGGAGCAGGAGCAGGACAGCGUGUCGUCCAGCCGCGUCAGCUCCGUCAACUCGCUGCUCAGCCAGUGCGAGGCGCAGCGGCCCGGGGAGGACGCCGUCCUCGACGACGACGACGAGGAUGACCCCGUCACGGUGGCCCCGGACCCGGAGGCCGACAGCGAGCCGUCGGGCGUGGCCAGCGAGUCGGGCAGCACGGCGUCCAUCCAGACGCUGGUGCAGAACGCGGAGGCCACGGAGACGACGGGCUCCACGUCAUCGUCGCCGUCCUCGGCCGCCGUGCACAUCCGCCGCUCCUCCAGUGUGCCGUGCAAGGGCAACAACCGCGACUCGUCCAGCUCCAACGACUCGGGUGUGUCCAUCGGCUCGCUGCACCGGCACCGCGGCGGCGACUUCACCGACUUCGAGCUGCCGCUCACCACGGCCGUGUCCGCCAACUGGCGCGCGCAGCCUGCGCAGCGCCUCGGCGCCUGCCACCACGCGUCGCUGCAGCGCCGCUCCAAGUCGUCGGACCCGCUCAAGGAGAUCACCUUCCAGUUCCACCGCAUGAGCGUGCACCCCAAGUCGUCGUCCGCCGAGGCGGAGGUCCCCGUCUGCCCGGCCAAGAAGGGCCGCGCGAGUCCGGCCAGCGACGGCGUGCUCCCGGUGCCCUACAUGGACUGCAACUCCACCAGCUCGGGCACCUCAGACAUGUCGGACUACAUCGAGACCCUGUCGCUGUCGUCACACUCGUCGUCGGAUACCCCUGACUGCUUGAGGCUUCAGGCCACCACCACGCUGCGGCCUCGCUCAGGCAAGGAGUACCAGAAGAUCGACCGGUCGCUCUUGGACCGAGACAUCAAGGUCGGCGGGCGCCUCCUGGGCCAGUCGAUCAUGGGGCCGGUGCCGGAGAAGAGCGAGUGCGAGUCUCCGUCGCCGGGAUACCAAAGCAUGGCCGCGUCGCCGUGAACGCGCGAACCAACCCAAAGACUGCUGAACGGGGAGUCGGCCGCCUGACGGGAGUGGAUCCCGCUUCCGACCCGCCAACAACUCGUCCAAAAACCCUAAUCCAAAAAUUUUAAUAAUUAAAAAUUAAUUCCUAUUGUGUUAAAUGUUGUACAAAGUUUGGACGGGGCGGCGAGGGGGCGAACCCAACGCCUUGUGGCGAUCUUUGCGCUGCAACGCAUUGGGCUCCCCUCCUAGCCUCGAGCUCUGUCGCAAAGCCCAAAGUUUACCUUGUAAAUGUGUAACCAGUAAUCUAUAUCUAAAUAUUAUAUCUAGUUAAUGUUGGCCUGUACCAUAAUGUUGCAGAUAGGUUUAAGGAUCUAAAUAAAUUUACUGUGUUAGCUCUGUAGAUGCCGUUUCAAAUUUUAGCGUUUAAGAUUGAAGCUAGUCCGCUAUCUUAUAAACCGACUUUCCUCUUGAGCUCACGUGAGCUCCACUGUCCCAUGUAUAAUUAAGAUAGUCCAUAGCUAAUCAGUUUUUCUCCUCUAUCCAUGCGAAAAAGCCAAACCUUGUUAAAGUUAAAAUACACAAGCAAACAAAAAACAAAUAUGAAAAUAUUACCUUGUUUGUAUCGUUCUGUGUAAAUAUAUUUCUAAUAAAUUAUCAUUCAAUUUUA